AUGGCAAAAGAUGAUAUGGAAUUAUAUUUGAAUGGUGAAAACGAAAAUGUUUGUUUUGACGAAGACGAAAUGGACGAGCCAAAAGAAAAAUGUGGUGUUUUUGGUAUUUUCGCACCAGAGUUGGACGUUUCGCGUAUAACAUUCUUUGCUAUGGUUGCUCUGCAACAUCGUGGUCAAGAGAGUUGUGGUAUUGCUACAUAUGACUCUAACUACUCAGUGCACGUCGAGACUGGAAUGGGUUUGGUCAACCAGGUGUUCACAGAGACCAACUUGAAGCCACUCAAGGGACGUAUGGCCGUCGGUCACACCCGUUACUCGACCGCCGGAAAAUCGACAAUCAACAACGCACAGCCCGUCAUCGUCCAGACAUUGCACGGACAGGUCGGUAUCGUACAGAACGGAAACUUGACUACCGCUCGUUCACUGCGUAACGAGUUGUUGCAAGCCGGUGUCGGAUUCUUCAAGGAUUCCGACGUCGAGAUCAUCACACAGCUGCUCGCCGCCAAUCCACCAGGCGUUCAACAGCCAGACUCUGGAAAUGGCAGCGGUGCUAACAAAGCAAAUUGGGAGAGUAGAAUCAGCUAUUUCAUGAGCAAGGCAGAGGGUGCCUAUUCGCUCUGUUUGAUGACACCGAACGCGCUCUACGGUGUUCGUGACUACUUGGGAUUGCGUCCACUUUGUAUUGGUGCCAUCGACGUGCCAAGCAAGGACGACCCCAACGUCACCAUUCCACGUUAUGUGAUCGCGUCAGAGUCGUGCGCCAUCAACACCAUCGGUGGUAGAUACAUCCGUGAGGUGCGUCCAGGAGAAAUCAUCAAGAUCGACGAGAACGGUAUGGAUUCCUUCAUGGGUCGUAAGCCAGCUGACGUCUCAGCACACUGUGUAUUCGAAUAUGUGUAUUUCGCACGUCCAGAUUCACUGUUGGAAGAUCAAUUGAUCCACUCCGUUCGUCAGAGAAUGGGAGAGCAAUUGGCACGUGAAUCACCACCACCAACUCCCAACUCACCACAAGACAUUGAAACCAUCGUCAUCGGUGUGCCAGACUCCUCACUUCCAGCGGCCAUUGGUUACGCAAAACAAUCGGGACUGGCAUACAGCGAGGGUCUAACCAAGAAUCGUUAUAUCCACCGUACAUUCAUUCAGCCAACUGACCAUCUUCGUCAGCAAGGUAUCAAACUUAAAUUCAACCCACUCACAGAAAAUAUCAAAGGAAAGCGUAUCGUAUUGAUUGACGAUUCAAUCGUUCGUGGAAAUACUAUAAAGGCAUUGAUUAAAUUGAUAAGAAGUGCAGGUGCAGUUGAAAUUCAUGUUAGAAUUUCUUCACCACCAGUUUUACAUCCAUGUUAUAUGGGUAUCGAUAUGGCUACACACGAACAACUCAUUGGAUAUAAUAAAUCAUUGAAGGAGGUUUGUGAUUAUAUAGGUGCUGAAUCACUGCAGUAUUUGACAUACGAAGGUAUGAUGAAGGCUGUCCAAGCCGGAAAGAAAAAGACACAAUCAGCACCAAUCACCAUCCAAACCGAACAACCAUCAGAACCCUCACAACCAAUCACAUCACCAACACUUUCCGCCGACACUAAUCAAUCAAUGCAAACAUGUCUGAAUGGUACCAUCAAAAAGUCCACAGACGGUUAUUGUUCCGCCUGUUUCACUGCCGACUAUCCAUUGGCCGUCGACUUUUAA